AUGGAGUUCCCAAACGACAGCAAUGUGAUGAUAAAGAACAUAUUAAGAAAGUCUAAGACGGACCUAAGAUAUGAAGGACCAUUCACAGUCAAGGGCAGAACAAAGGGAGGCAGCUACAUUUUGCAAGACGAAACGGGAGCACUUCUAUCACAAAACAUUCCACCUUCGCAGAUAAAGCUGAUCUCACAAGAUACUGUUAUAUCUCCAGAUAGCUUUUACAAGAUACAGGCCACCAUUGAUCACCAUCAAGAAAAAGGUGACUAUCUUUACAGAGUGCACUGGAAAAACUAUGUACCAGAUCAAGACACUUGGGAACCCACAAGCAAUUUCAACAAUCUGAGCAUAAUUGACAAAUAUUGGCAAAGACGAGGUCCAGAGAAACCCACCAAUAAAUCUACAAUUAUACAUAACAAGCGUACAAAUCCAACACAAGAACCUACACGCUUUAGCAAACACAAUAUACCGAUAACAAGGUCACACACCUUAGUCAACAUCACUAAUCACUCAAACAAGAGCGUGGAUGAUGAAGAUGAAGAAUAUACUGAUUCUACAAUGGUUUAA